UGAGUGAGUGAGUGAGUGAGUGAGUGAGUGAGUGAGUGAGUGAGUGAGUGAGUGAGUGAGUGAGUGAGUGAGUGAGUGAGUGAGUGAGUGAGUUGAGGACAAUCAGUCGUGUCUGUGCAGCUCAACAGAAGGAAGUAAGCGAGAGAUCACAUUUAUUCUCAUGUAAAUAUAGAGGAUCAGUUUAAUGGAGGAGUUUACAGAUGAAGGAUUCAACACAAAAAACUAGCUGAAGAUUCAAGACUCGAGUUCUCUAAGAAAAGGGCAGCUGCGAGUGAAACACAAUGAGCACCGUGAAGCCGUGGACCAAUCACAACAUCAGCUCCAAUCUCUCGUGUCCUCUGGAGGAGGAGACGCUGCGCGUUCCUCUGGCCGUCCUCUACUCCCUCAUCUUUCUGUUCGGUCUGGUGGGAAACCUGCUCUCUCUGUGGGUCUUCAUCUUUCUGCACUCGCGCAGGAACUCCAUCCGCAUUUUCCUCAUCAACGUGGCCAUUGCAGAUCUGGUGCUGAUCGCGUGCCUUCCCUUCAGAGUGCUGUAUCACGCUCGGGGCAACCACUGGACGCUAGGGGAGCGCGCGUGUAUGGCGGUGGGCAAUUUCUUCUACAUGAACAUGUACGUCAGCAUCACCCUGCUGGGUCUGAUCAGUCUGGACCGCUAUCUGAAGAUCAUUGGUGUGCGGGGAUCUCGACAGGGCUGCGGCCUGCGCCGGCUGAGAGGAGGCUCCGGCUGGAGCGUGCUGACGUGCGGCCUGCUGUGGACGUGCUCUCUGACGAUGGUGGUGCCCAUGAUCGCCCUGACGGAGGGCAACGAGGAGACGUAUAAGUGUUUCCAGUACAAGCAGAGGAAGCAGGUUCGAGGCAAAGCCUACUUCAACAUUUUCAUGGUGGGCGUGUUUUGGCUGGUGUUCCUGGUUCUGCUGGUGUCGUACGUGCGCAUCGCCUGGCGCCUGCUGCGAGCUUCUUGGGACAAACCCGAUCUGCCCAACGCCGCGCGCUACAGCCGCACGGCCAAGAAGUCCUUCGUGGUGCCGCUUCUGUUCACCGUCUGCUUCGUGCCGUAUCACGCUUUCAGGGGCUUCUACGUCAAAUCGCAGCUCAGCGACGUCACAUGCGAGACGCGCCGCUUCGCCGACCGCACAAACGAGGUCACGCUCCUGUUUUCCGCCCUCAACAGCUGCCUGGACCCGGUGAUGUACUUCAUGCUAUCUGGCUCGGUGCGCAAGGCCGCCGCCGGGGCGCUCUCACGAUUCUUCAGCCUGCAUCGUGACACUGCGGUGACCAACAGCUCUACCACGGAGUUCCGGAGGGCGUCUGUGACAUCUACUGCCGCGGUGCUGGUCACGUCCCGAAACAGCCUGGGUGUCACCACGACGCUCCGGUGUCAGCCCGGCCUGCUGCAGGACCAUCCUGUCCACAAAUAA